AAUCUACGCAAAUAGAAAAACCAUUUGAAGCAUUUGUUGAUGCGCCUUUACUUUUGGAUUUGGAAAUUGAAUUUGAUUUAAAUUAUAUAAAUAGGUUUUUGGAAGAAUUAAGAAAUAUGAAUCAAGACUCUGAAAGGAUACCUUGGAGAUUAAAAUUGGAAGAAAAGCUGAAACAACAUUCACAAGAUAUAAGUAAUAUAAAUUCAUUUAACAGAGAUGAAAUUGAGCAUGAUCAAAUGACAUUGAUAUUACAAGUUCAGGAAAUUUUACCAGAUUUAGGACAAGGAUUUAUCAAUGAAUGUUUGAAAUUUUAUGAUG